AUGUCGUUCAUUGACGACGACCUUCGACGAGCCGAUGCCGCUCUAGACAGGUUCCAGCUGAAAGAAGCAGAAGAAAGAGUUGCAACUGCUGGUGCCGAAGGGCGCGAAAUCGCUGCCAAAGCUGAAGAAGAUCCUCGAAGUUCCCAGCUCAAAGCUGUCAUCCGAUCCUUGUCCACCACCUCCAGUUCGAGGCCAUUGUUGCGCCGCUCUCGGGUGCGCAGUCUUCUCUCCCAACUCGCGAAGAAACAAGGCCAACAGGUCGCAACUGAAACAACCGACUCAGAUGUCUCCAAUCUGGAAUGGGUGGCUACCGGCAAGGCGACAGCUCAAGUCUAUGGACUGAUACUCGAUUCCUUGUUGGAUCGCACAAUCCCUCUGAGUGAAUCGAUAUGGUACUGGGACGACGUACUGGGCUCAUAUUCAAACAUAGCACUUUAUACGGUCCAGACAUCGCCACUUCGGUUCUGGAAACAGGCAAAAGAAGUAUAUGCAGAUGCACGGCAGAGGUUUCGUGCUGGAGCCGACCUCCGAGCGUCUGCGCGAGAGGCUACCGACACCUUGUCUGAGAAUUGGCGCGAGUUCUAUCGCCUAGUUCGAAACAGCAUCAGAGAGAGAUCGUUAGCCCAAGCUCAAACCAAGAUACUCUCACCUUUCGCUAUCGCACGAAUCGAAGCCCGAGGCAAUUUGCAACAUAUUAAAACUCUCAAGAAAUCAAGUUCAACAAGCAUCGGCCGGCUGGUUCGUGAGUGUCUCGUCUUUGAAGGUGCACCGGACGAGCGCAAACAUGGAGCAUUACCUCAGAUGAUCAAUGCACAAGAAGAGGACUGGCAAACCACCAUCGCCAGGACGGUCUGUCUCUUAGAUUCCGCCACAAGGCCACAGAGCGACGAGGAAGGUUAUGUGCUCGAUCCUACUACAGCUUCAUCGACAGAAGUAGCCGCGGCACUCAUCAAAGUCCUUGAUGAACAUUUGCCCAAGCAAGAAAAUGAGGCGCAUCUAAUGCGCUCAAAGUACGGUAAGCCGCCGAGGCUUGUUCGAUACUGGAUCCCUGCUGUUGGGUUUCUCCUGUCUGGCAGUACAAUCCUGAGGAUAGUGCUGAAUCGGAAGGCCGAGAUCGCCCAGUGGUUCAGGGAAUUUGGUCAGACCUGCAUUGACUUCUGGGCCAAUUGGGUUUUGGAACCCACCAAAAAGCUCAUUGGUACUAUUCGUCACGACGAGCAGAGCGAGAUUGCCAUCCAAAGCAGAGACAGCUUGAAGGCCGACCGGGAGAGCCUGGAACGUAUGGUCGUGGAAUUUGCCUUGCAGAACCCUGAUAAUGGUACCGCCUUCACCGAAGCCCAGAUUGCAGAGAUCCGAACUAGAGUCAGAGAAGGCGAUCUGACUCCUGUACUCAAAGCGUACGAGCGCGAAAUGCAAAGCCCGAUCAAGAAUGCAAUCAUGGGACAGCUGGUUCGGACGCUUCUCAUUCAAGUCCAGAAGACCAAAGUCGACGUCGAAACCGCGAUCGGAGGCAUUGACUCUCUCCUCAAGAGCCAAGAACUAUUGUUUGGAUUUGUCGGGAUUGCUCCUGGGGUUCUGAUAUCUUAUGCUUUGUUUCAGUGGUUGCAUGGAGUGUUCAGUGGUCGAAAAGGCCUCCGCCAGGGACAGAAAAAGGGCGAGGCACUUCGGCUAGUCAGAAACAUCGACCGAACACUGACCAACUCGGAUUUGGACGAGGAUGGCAUCAUCUCUGAAGAAAACCACGGUGUCCUGCUCUGUGAAACACAUCUCCUACGCCAAAGAGCCAUGGUGGUCCUGCCACGGAAUACUCAAAGAGAAUUCCUGCAAGAUCUGGACGAUUUAUUGGACAUCAAGUCUGGUGUGGGCCGACAAAUCAAUGUCCUUCGACGUAUAGAAUGGGCCUAUGCGAAGUGGUUGAGAUGA